AGUGCCGCGCGGGGCGGCGGAGCGCGGUGAGGCCUAGGCGUCCCCCGGGUGUCGGUCGCCCCGCACCCCAAACCUGAAGGGAGCCUUAAACUUAAAGGGAGGGGCGCGACCCCCCGCCCCGGGAUACGCCAACGUCCUGCUGUUGGGGCGGGUCAUGGGAACCCCCCCAGUACGACCAGUCUGAGCAGGGACGCUGCGGGGUCGGUGGCGUGCGGACAGCGGUGCCUCACCCGCACUCCCCUUCUCUCGCAGCGCCGGCCAUGCACUCCCUGGUGUUCCUCUGCGCCCAGAAGCUGGCGUCCCACCACGCCACGGCCCGCGGCGCCCUGGAGGUGCUCCCCACGGAGCUCUACCCCGUGCUCUUCAAGGCGGCCUUCCUGGACAAGCGCACGCUGGUGCUGCAGGACCUGGUGCAGACCUGGCCCUUCCCGGUGCUCAGCUUCCAGCGCCUGCUGCGCCGCUGCCAGCACUGCGACCGCGCCCCGCUGCAGGAGAAGCCCAGCAAGCUGUGCGUGCAGACCGUCAUCCUGGGCGUCGUGGCCUACCUCAGCGCCGCGCUGGAGGGCCCGAGCCACGGCUCCGGCCGGCGGCACUGCCUGCGGGUGCUGGACAUGACGGGCCUGCAGGACGACGGCGCCGACCAGGGCUCCGAGAGCAUGAGCCUGUGGUCGCGGACGGUGACGCUAGCCAAGGCUUGCAUUGACGUGUCCAAGCAGCAGAGCAAGUGCACCCAGCGCACCUCCAAGCGGAGGAAGGGCCACUACAGCAGCCUGGCAGCGCUGCCCCCGCCACGCCUCGUCUCCGUGGAAGUCCGCGUGGACCUCUUCGUCAACAGCACCUCGUACGGGGUCCUCAAGGACGCCUUGCAGGCCAACGCCCACAGCGCCCUGCGGCUUCAGUGCCGGGACUUCCGGGCCGAGGAGGAGUCCAUCGCCAGCACCGUGGGGCUCCUGGAGUUCCUGGACCCGGCCGGCGUCAGACAGGUGGACCUGCGCUUCAACAACCUGGGGCUGUCGGGGCUGCGCGUGGUGCUGCCUCACAUGGCCAAGUUCACCAACCUGGUGAGCCUCAAGCUGCCCUACAGCAACAUCGAUGUGCGGCGGCUCUCGGCCGGCAUGGAGGGCAGCCUCCACUACUUCGCCACCCAGCUCGGCCGCCUCUCUUGCCUCAAGGAGCUCAACCUGGGCUCCUCCCGCCUCUCGGGGAGGCUGAGACAGCUGCUGGGCGACCUGCAGGGCCCCUUGGAAAGCCUUGAGCUGGCCUUCUGCUACCUUCUGCCCAGCGACUUGGCUUACCUGUCGCAGAGCCUCCACACACCCGCCCUCAAGAAGCUGGACCUCAGCGGCAACAACCUGUCGGACACGCUGCUGCAGCCCUUCCAGCGCCUGCUGCGGGAGGCGGCGGGCUCCUUGCUGCACCUGGACAUCAUGGAGUGCCGCCUGGCGGACACCCACCUGGAGGCGCUGCUGCCCAUCCUGUGCUGCUGUGCCCGGCUCCGCUACCUGGGCGUGUUUGGCAACCCACUGUCCACGCGCGGACUCAAGACCUUGCUGCUCCGCACAGCGGGACUCUCGGACCUGCGGCUCGUUAUCUACCCCUACCCUGUGGACUGUUACGGCGAGGACCUGCCUUGGCCGCCAUCCUCCUCCAGCCUGCUCAACGGCUCGGUGGACGAGGAGAAGUUCUCGCGGGUGAGCGCUGAGCUGCAGCAGAUGCUGCUGAGCACAGACAGGGACGAUGCCAUCUGGACCACGAACCUCUGCCGCCACAACACCCUGGACUACUUCAGCCUGUAGCACCUUGUGGCAGAGGGGCCGUGGUGUGAUGGCCCCCAUGUCUGGCCAUCCAGGACACGCAGCAAUAACAUGUUUUUAUGCCAUUUUCUAACCACUGCUGUCUCUCUCAUGCCUGGUGCGCUGGGAGGUUCUUCUGGCCCCUGCUCUGGUGCAUGGAGGGGAAGGCAGCCAGGCUUGUGGCCCCCUUGGCCUGUCCCAUGGCAGAUGGCGCAGUUGCCGUCCCAUCUGCCUCUGCCUCCUGUGUCCUCUCCGCUCCUCUCAGGGAGGCCUCUAAUCCCUCGCAAACUGACUAGCCCCGCUUCGGAGUCUGGCUUUGUAGUCACCAUCUAACUGAGCAGCAUCCCCAUGCCCCUGACAGCCUGCUUCCCUCUCCUGCCUGUGCUUUCCCCAUCUCGGCCCCUCUGCUGCUGUCCUCGUUCUCAUUCCCCCAGGGCUGGAAGUCACUGUGCUCACCCAGUAACCAGCAAUGAGGCCCUCUGGGCAGCUCAGCUCUGUCCCCUCUUUGCCUCCUGCAUGCAAGGCAUUCACACGGCUGUGCCCUGCUCCAGCCUUUGCCUCCCUGGCCCCUCUGCCUCCGACACCUCCUGCCUCUGCACAGAGCUGGCUGAGGAGGGGAAGCAAAAUCCCUUGAGUGCUGCCAACAUUCAGUGCCUGUGAGCAGGUGGGAAACCAGGGUGGGUGGAUGCAUCAGGCCAGGGCUUACGGGCUUCACAGAGGUGGAUGCCUCUGCACAGCUCCCCGACAUGCCCGGGGCUUCCUCCCUGCUCUGCUCUCCCUGAGGAUGGCCAUGUGUUCCUGCCGGCUCCCCUCUGCCCAGAGCCAGCAGCUGCCAGGAUCCUUCUCCACUGCUUCCACCAUCCAGAACCGUCUCCUAGCCCCUCCUGGCAGGGCUCAGCUGAUAGGUUUCUCUGCGCUUGGAACUGGAGCAGG